CUGGUCGCGUGGCAGCAGGAGCGGAGCUCGCACUCGGCUGUUAACGCAGCAGCUGCCGCCGCCGGCCACAGGCCCCCCACACCGGCGCGGGGAGAUGGUGGACGUGUUCGCAGGGCACAUGCUGGUCAACAGGGACGGCGAGGCGGUGGACCCGGAGGAGGCGCUGAAGAACAAAGUUGUGGGCAUCUAUUUCUCGGGGGGCUGGUGCCCUCCUUGCCGCGACUUCACGCCGCGUUUGUGCGAGUUCUACACCGAGCUGAUGUUGGAGACGGAGCCGGCGGCGCAGUUCGAGAUCGUCUUCGUAUCCUCGGAUAAGAGCCAGGCCGACAUGGAGAGCUACAUCGCAGCGAUGCACGGAGACUGGCUGGCACUGCCUUGGAAGGAUCAGUACAAAACAGAGUUGAAGAAGAAAUACACCAUUACAGCAAUACCAAAGCUGGUCAUUGUGAAACAGAAUGGAGAUGUCAUCACUGAUAAAGGUCGUAAACAGAUACGAGCUUAUGGCUUGGCGUGCUUCAGGAACUGGAUCGAGGUAGCAGAUGUUUUCCAGAAUUUUUCAUCUGAAUGAGAACUGUCUUGAAGUAUACUUUGCCUAGAAAUGUUUAGGGAAGCCCAUGACAUUUGAAUGUAGGUUUUUUCUAAUUGAAAGAUAGAACAUAUGUUUACAAUGAAAAAGCUUAUGUACAUUAUUUUAAACAACUCUGUAGCUAAAUAGCCAACUAUGCAAUUAUAAACAUUUGUACACUGUUUCUAAUAUUUAUUAUAGAAAAUACUUUUAUACUGUAGAUUUAGUAUAUCAUUUUUAUUAAAAGCACUACUCCUAAA